AUGGGCCACCAAUUAUCAUUCUGGAUGUUCUUCUCUGUGAUUGCGAUGUUCGAAACGGACUACGCUUUCAGUGGAGUACUGGAAAGCACCGAAAGUGAAGUAAUUGAAGUUCAAAUGGCCGUCAUCCUUCCAAAAGACACUGACACACCGCCGGAAAUUCGACACUAUCCGUACAGGUUUGAAAUGGUGUGUCCCGCGAUCGACAUCGCUGUUGAAAGCAUUCUGCUGCAGAGUAAAUUUUUCGGAGAACGAAAUGUUAACAUCACUAUCCGAAAGGUCGAUUCAGGAUGUUCCAAUGCCGUAGCCCCCAUCCGUGCCGUCGAAUUUAUCACAGAGCGACAGGUGGACGUAUUUCUCGGACCAGCGUGUGACUAUGCCGCUGCAGCCGUCGCCAGAUUCGCCGCGCACUGGGCCAUACCUUUCCUGACGACUGGCGCUAAAGCAAAAGAAUUGGGCAUGAAAAACUUAGACGAUUUUCGCACAUUGACUAGAGCACACGGACCGUUUUUAAAAAUGGCCGAAUUCAUGAUGGAAAUCUUAAGAACUUUUCAAUGGAAUACAACCGCAAUUAUUCACAAUGACAAAGACGUUUCUCUGUACAGAGACUGUUGGCUGUUCGGUGGUGCUCUUUUUCAUUUAUUUCAACGAGCUGGAUGGUACGAUGGAAAGACGUUCGCUGGGUACCAGAAAUUCGAAGAAGAAGACGACACCGAUUACAAAGAAAUCCUCCAAGACGUCGUAAUACCAAACGGGAGAAUUGUGGUGAUAUGUGCGUCUGGAGAGGCUGUCAGAAAAAUCAUGUUAGCCGCCCAUGACCUGGGGAUGACGAAGAUAAACAAAGAAACUGGUCGAGCUGAAUACGCCUUCUUUAACAUACAACUAUUUGACAGUGCCUACUUCGGAGAUAUUGGUUGGAAGAGAGGAGAGGGUGGCGAUGGAAGAGAUGAGGACGCGAAGGAAGCUUAUCGUUCCCUGAUGACUUUGACUUUGAGAAAGCCCGAUACGACAGAAUAUCAAGAUUUCGCCAGAGAUGUGAAACAGCGAGCACUACAGGAUUACGGAUUUGACUACGAUAAAGAAGGAGAAGAUGUGAACAGUUUUGUUGGUGCUUUUCACGAUGCUGUUAUACUGUAUGCUUUGGCACUCAAUGAGACCCUGGAAGAAGGUGGCACCCCACGUGAUGGCCAUACAAUCACAUACAAAAUGUGGGGUAGAACUUUUGAAGGUAUCAGUGGCGACGUGAGAAUAGAUGAAAACGGAGACAGGGACGCAGACUACUCCUUAUUGGAGAUGACAGACAUAGAAAAUGGAACAUUCUCAGUUAUUGCAAACUAUUACGGUACUCGAAAAAAAUAUGAACCUGUCGAUGGAGUUGAUAUAGACUGGCCAGGAGAUACACCUCCAGACGAUGUACCGGAGUGCGGGUUUGAAGGGGAGCUAUGCGGUGAAAAAGAGCCAUUAUCAUUAGCGGCAAUCAUAUCCAUCGUGUUUGGCAGUCUUAUAGCUUUGCUAGCAGUAUUUGCCUUUUUGCUGUACAGAAAGUACAAACUAGAAGCAGCAUUAGCUGAUAUGGCUUGGAAGAUCAGAUGGGAUGAAAUUACUUUCAGCAUGAAUGGGCGGAAAAAGGGGCUCGGGGGAAGUUAUACAAGUCUCACAUCCAAAGAUUCGCAACAGUCCGUGUGGGAAACAAACCAACAAGUUUUCACAAUCACAGGAAUGUACAAGAACAAUAUUGUUGCUAUAAAGCGAAUCGACAAAAGAAGAGUAGAAGUCAACAGACAAAUAUUACUGGAGUUUAAACACAUGAGGGAUCUGCAACACGACCAUGUGACACGGUUCAUUGGUGCUUGCAUUGACCCGCCGAAUAUCUGCGUUAUGACCGAAUAUUGCCCUAAAGGCAGCCUGCAAGACAUUCUGGAAAAUGACUCCAUCAAGCUGGACUGGAUGUUCCGAUACUCACUUGCCUACGAUAUUGUUAAAGGCAUGCAUUACAUACACAGUAGUGUCAUCAAUUCCCAUGGCAACCUGAAAUCAACCAACUGUGUUGUUGACAGUAGGUUUGUGUUGAAGGUUACGGACUUUGGAUUAAAUCAAUUUAAAAAGGGCGAUGAAGACACGGAUCUCGAGUUUGAAUCUCAUCAGUACUUUCAGCGGUUAUUAUGGACGGCACCGGAGUUACUCCGAAUGACAGAGGCACCACUUGGUGGAACGCAGAAAGGAGAUGUUUAUAGUUUUGGAAUUAUAUUACAAGAAGUGGUUCAUCGAUGCGGUCCAUUCUACGUAUCUCACAUGGAUCUAUCACCGAAAGAAAUUGUACAGAAAGUAAAAUCUGGAAAUAGACCGUAUUUCAGACCAAGUGUAGAUAAAUCCACGUGUCCGGAAGAACUUUAUCCAGUGAUGGAGAAAUGCUGGGCACAGGACCCGGCUGAGAGACCAGACUUCAGUUCACUCAGAACAACGAUGAGGAAACUAAACAAUCGAAGUGCCACUGGUAAUAUUCUGGACAAUUUACUACAACGCAUGGAACAAUAUGCAAAUAAUCUGGAAAGCUUAGUGGAGGAGAGAACCGAAGCCUUCUACGAAGAGAAAAGAAGAGCGGAAGAGUUAUUGUAUCAAGUCUUGCCAAAACCUGUUGCAGAGAAAUUGAAGCGAGGGGAAGCAGUACAAGCUGAAUCCUUCGACAGUGUAACUAUAUUCUUCAGUGAUAUUGUUGGCUUCACCGCUCUUUCUGCGUCAAGCACUCCUAUGGAGGUCAUCGCUUUACUAAAUGACCUUUACACGUGUUUUGAUGCAAUUAUUGAUAAUUUCCACGUUUACAAGGUGGAAACCAUCGGCGAUGCGUACAUGGUGGUGUCGGGUCUACCCAUUCGUAACGGCGACUAUCACGCCAGAGAGAUCGGUAGAAUGGCGCUAGCUUUACUCGAUGCUGUUGAUACUUUCAAAAUAAGACACAAACCAGGCGAGCAAUUAAAACUGCGGAUCGGAAUACACUCAGGUAUGGUAUGCGCUGGUGUUGUAGGUCUUAAGAUGCCCCGAUACUGUCUUUUUGGUGACACGGUGAAUACAGCUUCAAGAAUGGAGUCCAAUGGAUUACCUCGGAAAAUCCAUCUCAGCAAAGAAACCAACAAGAUACUUGAGUCUUUUGGAACAUUCCACCUUGAAUGCAGGGGUGAAGUCGAGAUGAAAGGCAAAGGUAAACAGUUGACAUACUGGUUAGUUGGUGAAGAUCCUCCAAAGCAGAAAUAUAUAUCAAAGGCUAAUGGGCCUUUAUCGCCAAUUUCUACCAAGAAUAACAGAAACAUUGUAUAUGCUUAA